AACAUCAGCGGUCGUGGAGAGUCUCCAUCCAGCUGGCUGCUGAUGAAAGGUGAUUCUGACCCGGCCUCUCUCACAGUGGAUCCUGACUUGUCUCAGCUGUUUGAGUAUGACAGUCUGAAUGUGAUCUGUGGCGACAACAGCAGCGUUCAAUGGAAGGUCAUGAGGAACACAACCCAUGAAGGUGGCAGGUUUUCCAGAUGUGGAGGUCUAUGGGGGACUACAACAGACUUUGGCUGCACCAUCAAAGGAGCCAAAAACUAUGACAGCGCUAUUUACUGGUGCGAGUCUCCUGCAAGACAGCGGAGCAACUCUGUCUACAUCAAUCUAUAUGAUUCAUCUAUACAACCAGUGAUCCUGCAGAGUCCUGUCCUCCCUGUGAUGGAGGGACAUGAUGUCACUCUGCACUGUAAAACAAAGACCCCUCCCUUCAACCUCACAGCUGGUUUCUAUAAAGAUGGCUCCCUCAUCAGGACUGAGCCUACAGGUCACAUGACCAUCCACCAUGUUUCCAAGUCUGAUGAAGGCCUCUACAAGUGUAACAUCAGCGGUCGUGGAGAGUCUCCAUCCAGCUGGCUGUUUGUAAGAGAUCGCGAUGGAACAGCUUCACCCACUGCAGAGCCAACCCAGAUGUCUGUGCUGAGCGUGAUCCGCCACCUGGUGGUCUUCUCACCAUACUGCGUAGCCACUGUUCUCAUGUUGUCUUUAUAUCGACAAAGGCCCACAGGAAGGAACCCACCUGUUUCUACGACGACGUCUCCGCUCAGAGAAGAUGGCGAGAAAUUGGACCAACCAUAUGAUGAUGUCAUGGCUGAUGUCACCACCGAGCAUCAUUUCUAAGCUAUACUUUCUUAUGUUGUUUGUUCAUCUGUAUGUUUUUUAUUUUAUUUUUUUUAAUAAAAUGUUCUCUUUUC